GAGGCUCCCAGGGCACAAAGUUUCAGUCAGACAGGAAAAAGAAGCCCUAGUGACCUGCUGCACAGCAUGGCCACCAUAGCUAAUAAUAAUGGAUAUUGCAAAGUUCCUUUAAAGAGUAGAUUUUAAACAUUCCUAUCAAAAAAGUGAUAAGUGGGUAAGGUGAUAGAUGUCAAUUAGCUUAUUUUAAUCUUUCUAACAAUGUACACAUAUAUCAAAACAUCACAUUGUAAUCCAUAAAUAUGGGUUGUUAUUGUCAAUUAAAAAUACAAAAAGAAAGGAACUGGGAAGGACAGAACAGAGGGAAUUUUGGGCAGUUGAAACCAGUCAAGUUCCCAUGGUGACCUAGAAACCAAAGGUGUGCAGGAGCGGCCAAGCUGGGUUGGGUGUCAAGCCAAAAGGAGCAACAUAGGGUCUGGGGAAGACCCCACCACACAGGGCACCCCAAGGUGCCAAGGGGACACUCAUUGAUGAAGAAACAAGGGGACGUGUUUCACCAAUGGAUUAGGAUUUUAUUCCAAGCCAGGUGGGAUGUUAGGGAUGGUAAAGGGAUGAAAUUGAUCUGAUUUCAUGGUUUCAAAGCUUAAACUGGCCUCUACCAGUGGACUAGAUUACAGGCCCCUUCCCUAAGGACCCCUCCCCUAAGGACCCCUCCCCUCACCUGCUCUUAGCACAGCCCUGUUCAGCUACCUCCUGUUCCUCCUCCACAUCCCAUCACCACCCCCACCCUUUUGUCACCUCUGGCUGUGUAGCCUCCUCACCUGGGAGCAGGGUCACAUGAGAGUGGUAAAAAUAACUCCCUGUGACUACGUGUGAAGGGGGAGAUGGGGGAGGGAGGCCAAGCCCAGCAUUGGACAAGAGCUCAGAGGGUGAGGGCAGAGAGGCUGGGCUCUCAGGCCCUGGGAGGGUUCUGAAGCCUCCUCUUGCCGCGGGUCACUAUUGCUCAUGGCUCACUGAGUCACCUCAGCACUCCCAGCACCGCAGCAACCCAAGUGUGCAGAGUAGCUCCAGAGGGGCCCCUGGGUAGCAUCAGCAAUGCUUCAUGACCCUGGCUGGGAGACCUGGCAGGCCGCCCCCAGCCCAAGUCCUUGCAAGUGUCUCUGAGCCCCCACCCCAUGCUCAGGCCCCCAUGGCAGGUACAGUGGUGGCGGGCCGGAGGCCUGUGCGGGUCAGCAUGCAGGAGCACAUGGCCAUUGAUGUGAGUCCAGGCCCCAUCCGGCCCAUCCACCUCAUUUCCAACUACUUCCCACACUUCUACCCCUUGGCUGAGCCUACACUGUGCACUCGGGACCCACGCAUCACAGCCACCACCACUGCCACCCAUUCUGCACCCCAGUGGAAGCCUGAUCCGGAGCCAGAGGGAGACUCGGACGACAGCACUGCACUGGGGACCCUGGAGUUCACGCUUCUCUUUGAUGCGGACAACAGUGCCCUGCACUGCACAGCUCAUCGUGCCAAGGGCCUCAAGGCAUCUGUGGACACCUAUGUCAAAGCCAACUUGCUGCCAGGAGCCAGCAAGGCCAGCCAGCUUCGUACCCGUACCAUUCGGGGAACAAGGGGACCUGUCUGGGAGGAGACACUCACCUAUCAUGGCUUCACCCUCCAGGAUGCUGUACGCAAGACCCUGCGGCUGUGUGUAUGUGAGGACCCACGACUUCGGCGACGGCGGGCACCUCCCCUAGGGGAACUGCGUGUGCCCCUGAGGAAACUGGUGCCCAACCGAGCGAGGAGCUUUGACAUCUGUCUGGAGAAGCGGAGGCUGACCAAGAGGCCUAAGAGCCUGGACACAGCCCGCGGCAUGUCCCUGUAUGAAGAGGAGGUGGAGACAGAGGUGGCUGAGGAGCGCGGGCGCAUCCUGCUGUCGCUGUGCUACAGCUCACAGCGGGGUGGGCUGCUGGUGGGUGUGCUGCGCUGUGCCCACCUGGCCCCCAUGGACGCCAAUGGCUACUCUGACCCCUUUGUCCGCCUUUUCCUGCAUCCAAACGAGGGAAAGAAAUCUAAAUAUAAGACCAGUGUUCGGAAGAAGACCCUGAACCCCGAGUUCAAUGAGGAAUUCUUCUAUGCUGGCCCUCGGGAGGAGCUGGCACAGAAGACACUGCUGGUAUCUGUGUGGGACUAUGACCUGGGCACGGCCGAUGACUUCAUCGGCGGGGUGCAGCUAAGCAGCUGUGCUAGUGGGGAGCGCCUGCGGCACUGGAAUGAGUGCCUGGGCCACAGCAACUGCCAGCUACAGAUGUGGCACCCGCUGGACAGCACACCCCUCCAGCUCAGUGACUAGCCCGCUGGGCCCUGCUUGCAACUUCUCCCACAGCUGUCCACAAUGUCCCCAUGGAGCUGGUACAGCCUAGGGGCUGCCUCACCACCCGCUGUGCCUGGCCCCCAGUCAAAUGUGUGUUUCCUGUCUCCCCUCUUUCACGUUCACCCCACCCCAAAUCAUGAAGCUUAAAUAAACAAGUCCUUGAAGCCACACAAGAGUGUAUCUCUUCUCUGGCUCUGGGCCAGUCUGGGCCCCGUUCUUCAUCUCCCACCCACUGUGGGGCCUGUGUUGCACUGGGCCUAGGUCAGGCCUCAGGCCUUAGUGGUGACCAGGCUCAGCCCUCCCAGUCCCCUGCCCCACUCUGCCUCCACCACUCAAGGACUACUGCUCAGG